CCCUUCCCUUCCUGCAGCAGCAGCGUGCAGAGCUCCAGCGGGUCGCGCAUGGGACGCACCGGGAUCUAACCUGUGGCUCCUGGUUGUUCCUCUGGUCUCCACUCAUGCUUUGGGGAAUGCCAUGGCCACCCCGAGCAGCCAGCAGCAGCAGCAGCAGCAGCAGGACUACUUCAGGUCCGUGAGCAGCGAGUCCACCACCUACAUGAUGGUGCCGGCCGCCGGGCCCGGGGGUCCCGGGGGGGGGCGCAAGGAGGCGCCCUCCAAGAUGUGGGUGGCCAUGGUGGUGAUCGUGGUGGUGGUGCUGCAGAUCGCCUCCACCACCGGGCUCUUUGUCUACCUGAACAUGUCCAUCUCCCAGGUGCGUAGCCAGGGCGUCACGGAGGAGCUGAAGUGCCUGAGUCUGCUCAACGCUCUGGACAAGGACCAGGACAUCCCGGACCAGCUGGCCCAGCUCUUCGGAGAACCCUGCAUCAAACUGGCCGAGGGCAUCAAAGCGUAUAUCUCCAAGGUGACGGAGAACAUCAUCUCCAAACAGACCUUCAUAGAGGCCAGAACGAUGCCGCGCACCUUCAACAACUCGGGGACAAAGUUCCCGACCUCGGUGGCCCAGAGGCCGUCGGCCCACCUGACCCUCAGGGACACCAGCUCCCAAGCAGCGGGGGGGUUCCCUCCGUUACAGAUCCCCACGGCCGGGCUCCACCAGUCCUGUCGCCACGUCGUCCGCUCGUGGGCCAAUCAGAGCUUCGGCGCUCACCUGCACAACAUGACCCUGACCAAUGGGAAGCUGCGAGUGCCUCAGGAUGGGCGGUACUACCUGUACUCACAGGUGUAUUUCCGGUACCCGUCUCCAGCAGCCGGGGACGGAGACCAGCGCAGCGUCAGCCACCAGCUGGUGCAGUGCGUCUACAAGAAGACCUCCUACCCGAGCCCCAUUCAGCUGCUGAAGGGCGUCGGCACCAAGUGCUGGGCUCCGGACGCCGAGUACGCCCUGCACUCCGUCUACCAGGGGGGGCUGUUCGAGCUGCGGGCCGGCGACGAGCUCUUCGUCUCCGUGUCCUCGCCGACGAUGGUCAACGCCGACGACUCCUCCAGCUACUUCGGCGCCUUCCGCCUGGACCUCUGAGAGGAAGGGAGAGAGCGAGCGGAAGAGAAGACGGAUGGAUCAACACACGAGGGCUGGGGACAAUGAGCCGGAGGCCGUUUGAAGGAUCCGCUGAUUGGAAAAUAAAAGACACAAGUUGUGGGACGCGUGUGGAUCUUGGAUCUACGAUGUUUGCAUCAACAGACCCGAUGAAGGACGGAAGGAUUGGUGUUUGACGGAGAGGAAAAUAUAAAUAGUUGAUUUCUCUUCCCCGACGGCCGAGAGCAAGAAACAAAUAAGGACAUUGAUUUAUUGUGGAUUUUUGAGGAGGGCAGUUUCCUUUUGGUGUCAUAAAAGUGACAAACAUCCAAUUCCUCUAUUUUUGAGAAACGCCCGAAACAAUUCGCCUGUAUCGCAAAAUAUCACACGAACCCCGAUACAUCAUCAACCGCCUUUUUUCGCGGGAAGCAAUCGAACCCAGAGAUCUGGAUUGCAGACCGAAGAAUGUAAACACACUAGAGAAAAUCAGAACGAUCAAACCAAAGCCAAAUAAAAUGUGGAAUAUAACUUUUGAAGCGUGCCGUGAGAGGACUGAACAUACGUGAGUGAACUGUGGUGAUUUUUCUUUUUUUUAAAAAUGAUUCUCAUGAACCUUAACGGGACUUAAGAAAAGACGGAGGAGGAUUAUCAACGUGCAACACUAGAACUGUGGAUUUUUUUAAAAAGGAUGAGAGGAAAUCACG